AUGACUUGCCGAUGGCGUUGCGAGUCUCUGAUGACGUCGGUAUGGCCGCGGCGAGCUGACAUCAAGACCGCAGGUUUGACGCACACCUUAAAUUUUGUCCGCCAGACACCAUAUAGUCUGGCGGCGAGCUCACACUGGAUGCUGCAGGAAACUCCAGCACGCCUUAAGGUUUACAAGUUGAUAACUCGAUCAACUGCUGACCUUCGCGGGCGCCGUUCGCGGCGCGGACGUCACUGGCCCGCACGUGGCUUAGGCAUCCCGGCCUACGUCAACUCAAAAUUCUCGUUGCUCCGUCAGCUCGGGCACGAGUUGAGGGGGGCAUCGGCGGUCGCCGCAUCGUCCACGUCGGGACCCUGCGGUGGCUCGGGGCGUGGAACUGAUGUUCCGCCACGUUCGCACCUCAGUGGCGGCCGGGUCGGGUGUGGCAUCGUUCAGCCUGCUUCCUCGCCAAGAGGCUCAAUAAGCCGAGGUCGUCAGCUUUUUGUCCUUUAUGGGGUAUUGAUAUCUUUCGAUAUCCGGGUCCUUACAACUUCCUCCGCCACAGUUGUUUUCAUGGUGCAUGUGCAUCUAAUCGUACGAGUGACGCAUCCAUUAGUUGGAUGGUCGAGAUUAGGCUGCAGGAAUAGAUAUGCGGUACUACCUGCAAACCUGUACAUCGCAAGUGUUCUAGGAUUCGCACACCAUCACAACUACAGCGUCACCGCUCCUAGGAAAACGCGCACGGAUGGAGCAUACAGCACUAUCAGUCUUUACAUCCCAACGACUAAAGGGUCUGCUUCCUAACCAUCCUUCUCACCCUUGAGGCCGAGGAGGGCAACGAUCCCAUCGCGAUAUGUCUUCUCCGCCUUCGCUUCGCCACUCGGGGGCCAUCAAUAUAGGGAAAUCACCGUAAACCCGAUUAAAGUACCCCUUCUAGAUCAAUCACCUGAAGAUAUAUACCCACUUCAAGGACGAUAAUAUUUCUGUGUUCCCCUUACCAGUUCAUCCCGACGUCCGGCCCACAGAUUUGCCCUCGGGAUCGGUCAUGUCGCUGCACCGUGACAUCAAUGUCGUUAACAGGAGAUCACCUGAGGCUCAAUACCUGGAUAGCGACAUAUUCCCCGUGCC